AUGAUUAAACUGAGUGUCUGCGGGCGGCUCCAUCAAGAAAAACCCCAGAGAGGCGAUAAGCCUCUUCAAAACUCGGGCGACAGCUGGGGCUCGCGCCUGCGUGGUGGAAGCCCGCCAGUCCGGGAGGAAGUGGGAAGGCAGGAAGACCCGCCCCUUUCCCGGCUUAAGCUCCCCCUGGGCUCUCUCCCGCCGGUUCUCCCCGAGCCGCGAGUUCGCCGCGCGCUCCUGUCAUUGCUCAGAGCUUCCGCGGCUCUUUUUGUUGCGCCUGCGCGAUUCCGUCCCGCCCCACGCGCGGGCUCGCAUCCCGGCUGCCGCCCGGCCCCACGCCAGCUGUUCCAGGCCCUCGCUUUCACGGUCCGGCCGGCAGCCCGCGGCUUGAGCACCAUGCUCUUCUAUUCCUUUUUCAAGUCCCUGGUGGGCAAGGAUGUGGUCGUGGAACUCAAGAAUGACUUGAGCAUCUGUGGAACCCUCCAUUCUGUGGAUCAGUAUCUCAACAUCAAACUAACUGACAUCAGUGUUACAGACCCUGAGAAGUAUCCUCACAUGUUGUCAGUGAAGAACUGCUUCAUCCGGGGCUCGGUGGUCCGCUAUGUGCAGUUGCCGGCAGAUGAGGUGGACACACAGUUGCUACAGGACGCAGCAAGGAAGGAGGCGCUGCAGCAGAAACAGUGAUGGUUCUUCCUCCCCUCCCUGCCCCUCUUCUGUUGGUGACCUUUUACCUCAAGCCGCAGGACCCCUCCCUCCCAUAUUUGAGGGUUUUUUGUCCUUUUUUUUUUUUUUUUUAAUAGUGGUGGAGACUUUUUUUUUCCUUUAAGGGAUGAGUGGAUGGGAAUAAUAAUAGUGGGGAGCAGCUCUCCUGUGUUGAGGAGGGGAGGAUAAGUCGGCUGGGGAGCUGCAAAGCCUGCCUUGUCCUCAGCACCUGCCUUUCUCACUCCUUCCCUGGAUGUGGUGGGAGAAUCUCCCAGAUCUCUCCAGGGCAGCAUGUGAUUCAUUUUGGGGAUGGAAGGAAUCUGUCCCGCAUCGGGAAUAAACUUAUGAUGCACAUUUGA